AUGUCGUCAAGCGAUUUCCCCAAUCGCGGUCCUGCGGUCUUUGCUGUGACCAUAGCGACGCUUGUCCUGACUAGCUGCAUCGUUGCGGCAAGGCUGCUCUGUCGGAUCCGUAUUGUACGAAGUGUUACAUGGGACGACUACUUCAUUAUUAUUGCUUGGAUUCUAGCCGUUGCUCUUAGUUUUUCCAUCGAUCUGGGUGCUAGUAAGGGACUCGGCCGACACGACGAGGACAUACCUGCUGAAAAUUUGAACACUCUGCGGCGUUCCGAAUAUGCCUUUUCAGUUCUAUAUAACCCGGCCUUGAUGGCUACAAAGACGUCCGUUCUAGUAUUUUACCUCCGCCUGUCUAAGAAUACGCAGAGGGUAUUACGACUAGCUUCGUGGGCUGUUCUGGUUAUUGUCAACCUAGCUGGCACAGUAUUGACACUGAUCAACAUCUUUCAGUGCCGCCCGGUCCAAGCGGCAUUUGAUCCAUAUCCCGAUACGGCAUACUGCAUCCCAUUGCUUACCGAGUUCAUAUGUUCAGCACCGGUCAACGUUGUAACGGACCUCGCCAUCUUAGCUUUGCCAUUGCCUGUUCUAACUAGCAUGCGGCUUCCACGGCGACAGAAAAUCAUCUUAAUAUUCACGUUUGCUUUGGGUAUAUUUGUUACUAUAGUUGAUGUCGUCCGGAUCUACUACCUCGAACAGGCCAUUACUCAGGUAUCCUCAACAGCCUCGAGUAACCCAGAGGCAACAUUCGGAAAUUCGUCUCAAUUCGCCUGGAACGCAUCCUUCUCCCUCAUGUGGUCUGCUGUCGAAGUCAAUGUUGGUAUAAUCUGUGCAUGCAUUCCGACACUGAAGCCUCUCAUCCGUCGUAUCUUGCCUGCUAUGCUGGUCGACCCUAAUGCGACCCGGACAUACGACAAGGAUACCUCGACAGACGGGAAUGGAAGUUCGAAUACUGGUCGACCCCCAACCUCCGGUAUUCUAACUGACGACCUGGUCACGUCACCUUCCCAAACACGUGCAGCGGGUAGUCGAGAUAGUCAGGUAUCUGCCGUCGAUUUUCUCACUACGCCAGAAAUGAAUUCACAUCCAAUUCCUACGCCAGAUCCGCUUGAUCGAUCGCCUACUGCACUAACGAGCAUCACGGGGACCUACUCGACAUUCGAAAACUCGGUGUAUUUUGGCUUCGUGAACAUGCGUCGGCCAAAAAGCAUGAUUAGGACCUCUGUCCGGGACUCUUUCAAGUAUUGCACUGUGGUCACAAUCUUGUUUUUGUUGUGGGGGUUCUCAUAUGGCCUUCUUAACCAGCUCAACGACGCGGUCGCUUCGCUUCGUCUCAGGCAUGUCAAUCGCUGA